GUUAAAAUGUCGACUUCGUUUAUAUGACCGCGAACCUGCGCUAGUUGGUCGGAGUUUACUUCCUUAUUCAGUCAGUUUAAAUCUUUUGGAGCGUAAAGAACGAACAAUAAUGUGGAGUAACACACGUGCGUGUGUUUUUAUACUUGCUACCGUUACAGUAAACGCUUCAGAUAUCAUCUACACUAUAUCCAAUUGGACUGAUGCAGGUUGCACGCUCGCUGUUCCGAAAUUGAAGUAUUCUAUACACGGAGGAUGGCAAUUGAACGAGACAUUGCCUGAUAUCCCAGCAGACGGAGUUUGGAUUGGCUACUUAAACGCUACUGUAGCGUUAGACUAUCUUGGAUGUGCCAUAAACAAUACUAAUGACACAAUACAUGUGAAAAGCAUUGGUGAUUGCUGCCAUCUAUGCAUGGGAACUGCCUUUGGGGUUAAAACAUCACAACAGGAAAAUAUCGAAUGCGUGUGCAUGGCGAAGUUUGGUAAUCUAAACGAAACGUCAUGUACCUACAGCUGUGAUCAUCAAUAUAUGUGUGGAAAAGAAAAUAAGUACGCAGUUUAUAAUAUUAUUAAAGUUGAGGCCAUACCCUCUUUUACUUAUGGUUUGUCUUGCCUGGACUAUUACUAUGUAAGUUCCGAAUUGGGAACUUGCAGUGGCCGAUUUAAUAGACUCCUUUGCAGCAGUGUGUUAAACGAUAACAACCGAGUUGCUGCGGUCCAAGAUGUGAAUGAAUUGCCGACUUCAUGGUCUGAAGCAAAUAUAGUUUGUUUGAACAAUGGGCUGAUGCCGGCAACAAUUGAAAGUAUACAAAAUGGACAGAAAUUUGGGACAUUUCGUCAAUCAGAUGAUCAACCUCACUGGACAGGGGUUAUACAAACGCAUACUUUUCUAAAGGCUGACAAUCACGAUCAAUGGGCUCUGGAGAAAGUGUUUGCAUUCGUUACAAUUGACGGCAACAUUGAUUUUAAGGUCGACAGACUGAGACACCGACUUUGUAUUGGAGUACCGCCAGUUCCAAGUACAGUAGAACAAAAUACACCAUUUACCAUGAUGGUCACUCAACAACCACCAGCAGAUGCUGCAACACAAUCAAACACUGCAAAAAUAACUUCAUGGACUACGACUUUGAUGUCAACAGCACAACAUACCAAAACAUCGCAAGUUCAAGAAACAUCGACUGUUGCUAUCGCAGUUGGUAUCACCUUCGGAUUUAUAUUCAUGAUCGCUGGAGUAGUUGUGAUUGUCUUAUAUAAGAGAGGAUCAAUACCUUGCAAUAAAAAGACAGAAAAUGAGAAACAUCUAGAAGACAAUCCGGAAUUGGAAGAGCAUAAGAGUCACGGGAAAAGCAUUGAAGAGAAUGUGCCUAAUCAUAAUUAUUUUAUCCUAGAGAAAUGUGAGCAAUCUAUUAAAGACAACGUUGAACGUUACAAUGAAGCAAGUGAGGCAAAUAUGGACGAAGAUUAUAACACCCUACAAGAGACAGGUGAAUCUUUUGAGAAGAACGGUAAUUAUGACUGUACAACCAAUGUUUUAACAUCAGGCUUCAAUGCCAGAAAACCGGACAAUAUUUACAACAAACUCAAGAUUGGCCGACCAGGCGAUUAUGAUCAAGGAAUACAAGGACAGGAAGGGGCUAAGGCUUCAGAUGACGAUUACGAUACAACUUUAGCAGUAUUAACCCAUGUGAAGGAUGACAUUAGCGACUAUAAUCAUAUACCACUCACUGCUUAUAACGCAGACGGAACAGGUGAUGACAUCAAAGGCAAUAAAGGUGGCGAUUACGAUGCCAUAAAUAGUAUGAAGUUCAAGGUCGUCCAAUCCGACUCUUUGGACUACACACUCGUUAAGAAAGAUCGAAUGAACUAAGGAUAAUUCAAUGAGUCAAUCAAAUAUCUCGAUAUCUUUUGAUAAAUAUUACAUAAAAGUCGUAGACAGUUGAAGGGUAUAGUAAAUGUUGCUCAUUAAGGAGAGCUAUAUAAUUCGAGGUCGAAUGCUAUUUACGGAAAUCAACAGUAUUACUUGCAGAUUUUAUUGAAAAAUCAAGCGCUCAUCACCAUCAUUUUCGCGUUUAUUUUUAUAGUAUUUACUAAUUAUUAAGUUUAAAAAAAAUGAAAAUCCGUGUAAUUUGUUGAACACCAAGACGCAAUGAGCAUUUAACAGUAAAGCGCCGUCGGGAUAUGUUACGUUAAAUAGUAAUUGCAUAAAAAAUUAAGCCCGAAUAGGUAUUUUGGGAUUUUACAAUCGGAAGUGAUGAAUAAUAGAAUAACAAAUGUAUCUUUAUUAGACUAGGUAUACAACAAUAUUAUUUGUGUUGCAGUCGAUUAAAUAAACUUACAAAUAUGCGUUGGAUCCUAUCAGAAAUAUUUCAAUUCACGCACAUGUUAAUUUUAUGUCAAUAGUGAUCCUAAACGUCAUGGUGUUAACAAAUAAAACCUUGUUUUAACGUGAAUUUUGUUCAUUUGAGGUCACAGAUGCUAAUGAACUUUUAGUAAAAUCGAUGACUCGCUAUAUAUCUACUUGUUAAUGUUUAAAUAGGUAUUGGCUAUACGUGGUUUUGUUAUUUAACCUAUGCUGUUUUGCAAAUUCCCAUGCCACUCAAUAACCCUUAUAUUUUUACCUCUUGAUUAAACGAACGCUUUUCAAGGCGAACGAUU